ACAGGAGCAUAGGAGAAUGCGCACAGACAGGAUUACCAUCAGCAAAGGAGGCAGCGGAGGACAGUAAAGGAUUACAAGAGAGACACGACAGACAUAAAACAGUGAAUAAGCGAUGAAAGAGAAACAAGAAGAAGCAAUUCAAAGAAAGGGAGAAUCAAAGAAGGGAUCACACAUCUCAUGAAUCUAAGGACGUUGGACCUUUGCCCUGGAGAGUGAAAGUAAAGUGGAAUUUUGGAAAGUGAAGUGGAGCUACACGGGGAAUUUAAAGUACAGCCAAGAGAAAGAAAACAACUGAUAAUUUCCAAGUGGUCUCUUCAGUGGCCCAAACACCCCCUCCUGUGUAGAAACCAGAUGUUUGGAAGCGGGACACAGUCUGGCCUCCUACUGUGGCCCGGUGAUCAUUGGUGCCAUGGGAACAAGUAGAGCCAACAGGUACAGCAUUGUGUCCGACAUUUUACCAGAAGAAGAGCGCCAGAAGAUUUCUAGCUUAGGACUCCAUAACGGCAACAGUUCACCCAGAUUCAGACUGCACUUGACCUGCACCUCAGAAGCAGAAGACAGGAGGAGGUCAGGAACCUCCGCUAUCGUGCCCAGCACAGCGGAACAAGGAGUGAUGAACAACUACAACGGAAAGGUUCUGACAAGGGGCUCCAACCAAGUACGGAGCCGAUUUGUGAAGAAAAAUGGACAAUGUAAUGUUGUAUUCACUAACAUGGAAGAAAAGAGGCAGCGCUAUCUAGCUGACAUCUUUACCACCUGUGUGGACAUCCACUGGAGAUACCUGCUGCUUAUAUUCUGCACCAGCUUCAUUGUCUCCUGGCUAUUUUUUGGUUUAAUCUUUUACAGUGUCUCUCUGGCACAUGGGGACUUUGGAGAGCACCCUGCAUUUAAGGGUGAUGGACUUGUAGCUGGAGGUCUGCAUGGAGCCACUUCUGGACAUACAGCUGGAGAGCAGACACAAAGGAUGCCCUGCAUACUUCAUGUUCAGGGGUUUAUUGGAGCACUCCUGUUCUCCAUGGAGACCCAGACUACUAUUGGUUAUGGAUGGCGCUGUGUUACUGAGGAGUGCCCUAUUGCUGUGAUAACAGUGGUGAUACAGUCCAUAGUAGGCUGCAUCAUUGACUCUUUCAUGAUUGGCACCAUUAUGGCCAAGAUGGCUCGGCCAAAGAAGAGGAACCAGACCCUCAUGUUCUCCAAAAAUGCUGUCAUUGCACUACGCGAUGGCAAGCUGUGCCUCAUGUGGAGGGUGGGCAACCUGCGGAGAAGUCACAUUGUGGAGGCUCACGUCCGUGCCCAGCUCAUACGUUCAUACGUCACAGCUGAAGGCGAGUUCAUCCCUUUAGAGCAGAUGGACCUCAAUGUGGGCUAUGAUGAAGGCACAGACAGGCUGUUUCUAGUAUCUCCACUGGUUAUAGUCCACGAGAUAGACAAAGAUAGCCCUCUGUAUACUUUGAGCCGAGCUGAUCUGGAGGCAGAUGACUUUGAGAUUGUUGUGAUCCUGGAGGGAAUGGUGGAGGCCACUGCCAUGACCACCCAGUUCCGUAGCUCUUACCUUUCCAGAGAGAUCUUCUGGGGUCACAGGUUUGAGCCUGUGAUCUACGAGGAUCGGGACCGCUACAAGGUAGACUACGCUCGCUUUCACAAGACAUACGAGGUGCCGUCAACGCCUCAUCUCAGCGCCAAAGAGCUCGAUGAAGCUGCAAGCCGGGCCUCUUCUGCUGCUUCUCCUGCAUCUGCAUGUAGAGCCACAAAAGACUUGAUCCCCAUGUCGCUUAGCGCCUUCUGCUAUGAGAACGAGGUGGCUCUGAGUUGUGGGGAAGAAGAGGAUGAUAUAUUUGACUCUUCUCAGAUUGUAGGGAAGGAGAGGGGAGAGGAGAGGAGGACUUCGGUUUCUGUCGACUUCCAAAACAUGUUCCACGACAACUCGACUGUGACUUCAGGCAGUCACAAUGUCAUGUGUGUUCUGGACAUGGACAAUAACCAGAUGGAGUUUGACAUCUUACAGACUGCCAUUCCUCUUGAUCCAGUGACCUAUAAGAGUGAACAAGAGAUUCAGUGAGGAGAGGGAGGGUACGGUCUCCCAUGUUCCUCCUAUUUCUGGACCUGAAGAGGGAUUUCUUGGUGAUGUGUUCUGCAUGUCCCAAACCCCUUUUGCCUUUCCAGUGUUGUUUUAUAUUCACUCUUGUUUGUUUUUCUUCCUGUGGUGGUUAGGAAGUAAGAAACACUUCCUAAAUAGGUUUUUGGUGGAAUUUUGUAGGAGCCAAAACGAGCAGCCAGUCUGAAUCUGUAGAAAGAACCUUUGACAGAGCUCCGACAGACUGCUGACUCCCUUUUAUUAGGAUUUAAUAACCAAAGGAAAACCCAAAAACUUGAGCCAUGAUUUUAAUUGCACAUGUAUGGUUUACAUAGUCAACGAUAUUUUAAGAAAGCACUAGUAAAUCUGAUGGGAAUUCUCUUCUUUCUGAAGACAACUGAAGAUCUUCAGGUUUUAGCAAUUUAUGCUUGAUAAACCUCUUGCUGUUCAUGGACUUCACUGGUCAUCAUGCUGCCAACAGAUCCUUGCAAAGUCUGUUUUAUUCACAUUUGAAUGGAAGCUUGCUUCCACCACUAAAAAUAAAUAAGUAGAUUACCAGGUCAAAAUAAGUCAAAAUUUUGCAGUAACAACAAAACCAUUCCAAGUGCAAUCACUAAGUGUAACAGGAGCUGAUAUGAUAUGAUAAAGAUUCCUUAAGAUAAAUUUAGAGCAAUGUCACUGGAUUUUAAAACUUAUGUUUAAAACAUAUAGGUUUUAGCUUUAAUCUAAUUAGUUAAAAUGUUUUUGUUUUUUUGUUUUUUUAGUUUAUAAGGCCUAAAAUGAGUUCAUCCAGUUAGUGUGAUAAAUAAAAAGCAAAGUAGAUUUCUUGAUUGCUUGAUGGAUUCAUUUUGGGUUUUUUUUUAUUGCUUCUUGUGGAGGCUGCAGCCUGUGAUCACAGAAAGCGGCUUUAAAUCACAUUUGCUCUGUUACUGUUCGCCAAAGGUUUGGAGUUGGAAAAUACUUUUUGGAAACUGGAGCAAACCUGCGGCACGUGUACAGUACUCGUUAUCUAUGGUAGUAGAAAGCGGUGCAGCACAGCGAGGCACAACAGGAGACAAAGGGAUGGCGGCUGUUUGUACAGUCUCUGGAAGUGCAAUAAGUCUUUGGAUGUGGGUGGAGAGGACUAAUGCAGGUGUUACUGUAUGUCUUGUGAAUUAUUUUAGACAAAGUUGACUUGAUGAUUUUAUGAUAUGACAUGAAAAAUAAACUUCCCUCUUUUGCUGGCACAGCAUGCUGAGAGAACCAAAUGGUUUGACACAUAACAGAAGCUUACUGUGAAAAAAAUGGAAAUAACUGUAAAUAAACUGACUUUUACUGUUUUGUCAAAUGCGGCAAAUCUUUCUGAUCUGUUAGUGUCAGACUGAGGCCGGCUAAUAUUUAUGAACCAUUUGGCCAUGAUAUGUACGGCAUAUAUAUUUCCCCUGUGACUUUUAUAUGCAGUAUAUCAACUGCACCUAAUGAUACCACAAAUAACAAUCUGAAGACUUUUAUUUUAUUGUUUUUCUUUAAUGCAUUUAUUUUUUGCUGGCUUCAUUUUGUAUUAACACGACUUUGUGGGAGAGAGAGAGACUUGAUGUAGAGACUGUGCAUCUGAGCAACAAAGAGUCAAUAUUUUUAGCUUUUAUUAUGUUUUAUUGUCAAAAUUCUUAUUGCAGGUAUCGGGGAUUAUACAAAGCAUAUGUAAACAGCUUAACUGAUGAACAUACACUGCCAGCCAAAGUAAAAUACUUACUAUGGUUUGAUACAUUCGUCACUGCAGGAUGAACAGGUGAACAAUGCAGGUAUAACUGGCUUUUAUAUCAACAAACAAACAACUCUUGAUUAAAGUAUUUUACAUUGGUUUCAUAUUUAUUUAUUUUUUGACAGUACGGAGCCAGUUUCUGUCCACUUGCUUUUGGUUGCUGGGGGGCUUCUUGUCUCUAAGACUGAAAUGACUAUAGUUACAGAUACUCUAAGUUACAGAUUUUUGUUUUUUUAUUUGCAUUUCAUGAUUGUGUGGGUUUGAUUUGAUUUCACUUACAAUGGCUUCUGAAAAUAUGGAGGACCAAAACAGUCAAAAGUAUAAACUAACAAAUAGUGACUAUAAAUAAAUAUGUCAUAAAAUGGAAAUUAACACCUUUAUUAAAGGUAAAGAAAUGCUUGGAAUUUUCACUUUUUAUGAAAAAUGAAUGCCUGCGUUUAUUUUAUCAUCAUUUUUGGUGCGUGUGAGGACGUAUUUAUUUAUUGGCCUGAUGACUGAGUUGUGCUCAAAAUGUUAUAUCUACCAUGAUGCAGUAAGCAGGUAAAAUUGGAUUUCUGCGGUGUGCGAGCUGUUGAUUUCCUCAUGUGCUGACUCAUUUUUUAGCCCAGCACCUGCUCUAUAUUUUGGUGUGGUUAUCCAUGUAUUUUUUCUUCUGAUUUUAUAUUUAUUUAUUGGGGAAUUUAUUACUGAUUCUGUCAGUUUUGAGUCUCCAUAUUUAAAUGUCAUCAGAUUCUGAUUACAAUAUUGUUAUAUUAUUAUAAGACUUUUGCACAGAUUGCUUUGACAUGAGCAGAAGCAGAAACACAAAUAUAGAAGCUGGUUCAGUAAAAUAAUUAAACCUGCUACAUGCAUUAUAUUCGCUUUUAACAUGUUGCUCAAAGUAAGAUGCUAAAUAACAUUACAGUCACACUGUGGAAAACAGUGGUUGGAGAAGGUUGCUUUGAAGACGGUGACCAUGUCAGCAACCACUCACUGUCAGUUGUUGUAUUAAAAGCAAUCAAGGUGGCAAUUACAUGCAAUCUGUUUGUAACAAUAAAUCAAAAAAAGAAAAAAAGAAAAAGACAAAUGCCAUCUACAAAGACAGAAAUUUGAUUUUAACUACUUACUUUCAGAGUCCAGCCCAGUCUCUCAUAGAUUUGAAACAGAAAUUCCUCCACAAAUAGUGACAUAGUUGCCACAGGAUGGUGAUUUAACUGCAAAAUGACAGAGGCACUCUGUAAACAUACUUUCAUAUAGGAAUACAACCAGAAUACAAUCAAAUGGCAACCGGCUGAGCUGAGUCAUUGCAAAGAGAUGUUUUGCAGAUGAGUUAUGGCAUCUGCGCAGGCUGACUCGGAUUGUUGAAAAUCUGUUUGCAUUUAUGAUUGAUGAUGAUUAUUUGCAAACCUUCACCAGUCUUUCUGAGAGUGUCAGACCAUGGUUGUUAGAUUGCCUCGUACGAGUAAAAGUGGAAACCCAGGAGUUGAGGAUAUUGCACAUGCAACCUCUGGGUGACCAGUUAGUCACCAUAACUACUUGCAAUCGGUUGCCGAAUGUAAAAUAAUUCAAUGCAAUCACCAGGCAACCACCAGUCUUUCCUAGUUGCAAGGAGCUUGCCAUCUGAUUUUUACUGUAAUGUGACUGAGCCAUCAGAGGUUUCAGGGCUUUAUUGUGCAUUCUGUCUCACAGGUGUGAGCAGAGACACUGACUCUGACUAUUACUGGAGUCUUCGUUUGUGCUUUUUUUGGAAGCAUACACAGUGUUUAUACUGAACAUUAUAAAUAUAAAUAUGAAUUUUCACAUUUGUUUUACAUGUUUUCUGCUCUACAUGAUGAAACGAGUUAAUAUUUCUACAGCUCUGACAUGUAUUAUUUAAUUUAAUGUUACUUCUAAAUUCUUAAAAAUGACGUGAAGAAGCGAAAACACAUUUUUCAGAGGGUCUUGACUGGCAGUGUAUAAAAGUCUUUGUGUAAUGUCAGUUUUGAAUUGUGGAAUACUUGACAAGAAUAGGCGUUAACUUAACAACAAAGUGUUUUGUGUCUGUUGCUAUAAAGUCUUCCUGCUUUGUAUAAAUGGAAUGAUUUUCCAUCCCCUCCUUGGGGAAAAACACGCACUGAGCAAACUACUGUCCGAACUGAAAUAAGCUGAAAGGAGAAAAAACUGAAGUACAAAGCACUUUAUUCUUCCUUGUAUAACUUCUGAUGUUGCAAAUAAAUAUUUCUGUAAUUAUC